UUACUCACCCUCAGUUUCUUGUGUGCAGGGACACAAUGAAGCUUUUGCUUGUGGCUGCUGUCUUUGGGCUUUGCUUUGCCCAACACGACCCAAACACUAAACAUGGCAGGACCUCCAUUGUUCAUCUGUUUGAGUGGCGUUGGGCAGACAUAGCUGCAGAAUGUGAAAGAUACCUGGCACCUAAUGGCUACGCUGCAGUUCAGAUCUCUCCCCCCAGUGAGAGCAUUAUAGUAACCAAUCCCUGGCACCCUUGGUGGCAGAGGUAUCAACCAAUCAACUACAACUUGUGCUCCAGAUCCGGAACAGAGGAGGAGCUAAGAGACAUGAUCACUCGCUGUAAUGAUGUUGGGGUGAGCAUAUAUGUGGAUGCAGUGAUUAAUCACAUGUGUGGAGCUUCUGGUGGAGAGGGCACUCACUCUAGCUGUGGAUCAUACUUCAACGCUAAAAACAAAGAUUUCCCAUCUGUCCCUUACUCUUCAUGGGACUUCAAUGAUAGCAAAUGUAAAUCGGCCAGUGGAGACAUUGAGAACUACAAUGAUAUUAACCAGGUCAGAGAUUGUCGCUUGGUGAGUCUCCUGGAUUUGGCCCUGGAGAAGGAUUACGUUAGAGGAAAAGUGGCUGAAUAUCUGAACAGACUGAUUGAUAUGGGUGUGGCUGGAUUUAAAGUGGAUGCUGCCAAGCACAUGUGGCCUGGUGAUCUUAGUAAUGUUUUCGGGAGACUCAAAAACCUGAACACCACCUGGUUUUCGCCUGGUUCCAGGCCUUUUAUUUAUCAAGAGGUUAUUGAUCUGGGUGGAGAGCCCAUUAAAGCCUGUGAAUAUUUUGAACUUGGUAAAGUGACAGAGUUCAAGCACUGUGGGAAACUAGGGAAAGUCAUUCGUAAAUGGGACGGAGAAAAACUAAGUUACCUUAAUAGGAGCUGGGGAGAGGGCUGGGGUUUCAUGCCCUCUGAUAAAGCUGUGGUGUUUGUGGAUAACCACGAUAAUCAGAGAGGUCACAGUGCUGGUGGAGCUUCUGUUUUAACAUUCUGGGAAUCCAGGAUGUACAAAAUCGCAACAGGGUUCAUGUUGGCUCAUCCAUACGGUUUGACCAGAGUGAUGUCUAGCUACCACUGGGAUCGAAACUUUGUUAAUGGAAAGGAUCAGAAUGACUGGAUGGGCCCUCCAAGUAAUGUAAAUGGAUCCACUAAUCCAGUACCCAUUAACCCAGACACCACCUGUGGGGAUAACUGGGUGUGUGAGCACAGAUGGCGCCAAAUCAGGAAUAUGGUCAUUUUUCGCAAUGUGGUCAAUGGCCAGCCUCUCAGCAACUGGUGGGACAAUGGCAAUAAUCAGAUUAGCUUUAGCCGUGGCAGCAAAGGAUUCAUCGUGAUCAAUAAUGAUGAUUGGGAAAUGAAAGUGACCCUGAACACCAGCCUUCCUGAAGGAACGUACUGUGAUAUCAUCUCUGGAGAUAAGAGUGGCAAAAUUUGCACUGGAAAAAAGAUCUCAGUGGGUUCGGAUGGACACGCCACUUUUAACAUCAGCCACACAGAGGAGGAUCCAUUUAUUGCCAUCCAUACUGAAUCUAAACUAUAGAUUCAGUGAGAAGAAAAUGAUUUGAAAGCAAUGUCACUCAAAGCAGUGUGGUCAAUGCAUUUGUUUAAACAAAUUCAUCAUGACAUUAAAAGUAAUUUAAUAAUU